CGCGGCCCAGCCCACUGCGACCGGGGGGUGCUGGGGGAGGGCAGCGUAGAGACGGGCUGCUCCCAGCCCACCCUUAACUCCGGUAUCCGAUCCAGGGUUGCAGAUGAUUUAGGAAGGCUUUAAUGGAAGGAAAUUAACCAGAAGCGUUCGUGUGCUUUUCACUGCGUUGCACCAGCCUAAGGAGUUGGGGUUGGUGUAAACCAUCAGUGUCCAGCACAGCAUGAACGCCUCCGAUACGGAAUACGUUACGGUUUCUUCUCCAUACACUUUCCACGUGAGUAAGGAAUGCUUUCCUCAGAGUGAGCUCACGCAACCAAGCUUUCAUCCUGCAAGUUGGAAAAGGCCACCUGCAGGUGAAGGGAGCAUUGACUCAGAGCUGCAUGACUGUCAGGACUCCGACUGUGAAAGCCUUGUUCUGGAAAGGCAGUAUCAGUUAGAGCUCCAGCAACGGAUUCGUGCUAAUGACGAGCUGGUAGGACUGAGUGCUGGGCAGCUGGAGAAUGACAGCUUAGAGGAAGAAGAUAGCUUGGAGAAGACGAGUUCAGAGGAGCAAGAAGGAGCUAGGGAGCAGCAGCCUGUAGACAAAUAUUUCAGCCUAAAGUACAAUCCUAACUGGAAGAACACAAAAGAAGCAGUGGAAUUUUCUGAAGUAGAAAAAACACACCACGUUGCUGAAGGAGGCAGUGUGGACCUUUCCCAAGAUUCAUUUUACCUCCAUUCCAGUGUCUCCUCAGGAGAAAAGAAUCAACAGGAGGCAAAGUUUCAGGAGUCAUUCUCUGAGUUUGGUACAGAAUUACUAAGCUUUCAUGAGCCAAAUGCCUUCAUCUGCAGUGAACCUUUUAGGUUACAUACCAGAGGGAAUGAAUCUUCAGAUGGCUAUUAUUUCAAAGAUAGUCUUAGUACAUACAGCAGUGCUUUUUCUCUUCGGAUUCCAGAAGAUCGACCUCAAAGAGCAAAAAAAGAUUUUGUGGAAAAAAACAAGCGGACUUUAGGAUUGCGUACAGACAAGAACAAAUCCUAUCUUCAGUUGCAUGGCAAAAAGCAGGAAGUUAUUCAAGAGCAGGUUGCAGAUACUAAAACUGUUGAUGAGGAACCAGCUCAGAGUGCCUUGCCAUACCCAAACAUGAAAAUGCACCCCGAAGACAAAUGGUACCUGAAUUCACAGCAGCUCAAGGAUCACCAGAACAAGUGGUCCCAAAGAAACAAAGUAAAGUCCAACCAGAAUCUCGAAGGAAGGGCUUGUUCAAAGAGUGAUAACCAUCAGCAGGCAGGAAGACCAGCAAAACCAAAGUCUUGGCACUACAGGCAAUACCAGAUGUCAGAAUUUCAGACUGCUCCCCUGCAGGCAGUGGAACAAGUCAACAGCAAUGCACUGCAGAAGUGCCCAAAUCCUUCUGUUGGCCCUGACACCAAUACAGCAGCAAAUUCAGAUACUUGCUUAAAUAAUUUCCCAGCAUGUACUAGCAAGAACAACAAGAAUUACCAGCAUGAUCGUCCAAAAGGACUUCCACAUGGCCAGCAACAUUUAUACAACCAUGCCACUGUGCCAUUUUUCCCAAGAGAUGGCAGUACCAGUGCUCAAGCACAUCCAAAUCUAAAGAAGAGUUCAUCUACUUUUAAUGCUAACUAUCAAGAAAUGGCAAAGGAUCAAGUAUUGCUUCAGGAUUGCAAAAGACAAAUUUAUGCUACCAGUAGUUUAUGGCCUUCCCAAGCUUCUGUUCACAGUUCACCAGCAGCCUUUUGUACAGCCUUCCAGCAACAAACCAUGGAGCAACAGUACCAAGAAAUGUCUUGUUUGAGAGAAGCUGAUGACUUGCACUUGUUCAGCCCACUUCCACCUCUAAUACCCCACAGAGAAAGUGAUUCAGAGGUAGAUUCAGAGAGAGGUGAAGGAAAUCAAGUGAAAAUAAGUCGAAGCAACUCUGAAGGUUAUCUCAUGCAAAUGGAAAAGCAAAAACAGCGUAAAGUCUGCAAGAAGCCAUAUAGCUCAAAAGCCUGUAUCAAUCUGGAUGUAAAGCUUGGAGGCCUUGGACCUGACUAUGAAGCAAUCAAGGAAAAAAAGGAGAAGUUAAAGCAACAGAAGGAAUAUGCACAGAGAAUUAAGGAGCACAACAUGAAAAACAUUGCUUUGGUUCAGAGGUUACCUACAAAACCCCAGGUCAUAUCUUCAGUGUCAAGACAGAAGGCACUGGAAUAUGCAAAGAAGAUUCCUAAACCGAAGACUUUCACAGCAAGGCAAUCAGAUGAAGAGGCAGAAGUUUGUUGUACAUCAUCUUGGGGGGAAACUUGGCAGAAGAAGCAUCUUGAAUGUGGAAAAGCAGGUCAGGUUGAAGGGAGUGUUUUGCAUAUCAAAGUCCAGCUGUGUUCACCUGCCCUGCAGCCUGUGGGACAGGACUGUCCUCUGCUCCAUCCUACUUUCUUCUCCCCUUUGGGAUCUUCAGCACUCGGCCCCUCUUGAUGGCACCUGCAUGCUGAGGUACAAUCCACCCAGCUAGGCUGGUUGUUUCCAUGCAUUUCCUACUUUUCUACUUUUAUUUUUUAACUAAAUAGUAACACUUGGAAGCAUUUCUGGUUAGAGAACCUCAAUUUGUUGUUUCUGCUUAAAAGUGAUAAUCCCCCCCUUAAUACAAACCUCAAGUACCUAUUUUAAUGAAACCUUCAGAUGAAUAUCAAAGAGCUAUUUACUCGUAUCUAAUAUUUUAAUUAGAUUAUAUUCUCAAUUUAACCCAUUAAACCCCCUUUGAUGAUCUCCAUGUUUAGUGUUUAGCCCCAGAUGCUGGAGGUAAUGAAUAUUGGACCUUUGGUUUAAUGAGAACUUCUGCCUUUCCAGCCUGACUCCCUUUGUAUCCCCCUUUUUUAUUUUCUGAGCUAUAGAAUUCAGUUAAUUGAAGAAGUCUCUUACCACCACACAUUAAGGAACCUAAAUUAGCAUCCCUUUUCUGAUUAGAAAAUGCAAGCAGACAUUCUCUCUUUGAUCUGAGGAUUGAGUUGAAGUAGGCAACAGCUCCCUGAAAAAUGAGCUGAUGGCCUUAUUAUUUGGCUGACAUGCAGAUGCGUCCAUGUGGUGCAAAAUGCUUAAUGUCUUAAUUGAUCACCUUCCUCCCUAUCUGUCAUCUCACUACCUUGUAGAGCUCCCAUAAAUUAGGAUGACCUUUGUGGGUAGGCGGUGUGGGUUCUGGUUUUGUUUUCUUAAAUAAAACAACAAACUU